UGGAUAUACACGCUGCCCUCCGUUAUCCAGUGUGGCAGAUCUAUGCUUCCAGUGGACUCUGACCUACCCAGAAGCCAUGUGAUUCCCAUCAGCGUGUGUAUGUAAGACCAGCCAACGGAGAGCUCUCACUAACCUCCAUAUAAAAUGACUGAGUGAAUGACUGAAUGAGUCGUAUUCAACGCCUCCUGGGACUGAAGAAACUUGUGUGACACAAAGCAGAGGUGGGACCACUUGGAGAGACGUCUUCUUCUUCUUCAGACUCUCUUGAGACUGAUCCAGCAUGGCUCUGCUGGUCCACAUGCUGGCCUGUGCCUUUGGCCUGGGCGCUUGGGUGGCGGUGAACGGUCUGUGGGUGGAACUGCCGCUCAUCGUCAACUCUCUGCCGGAGCGCUGGGAGCUCCCCUCCUACCUGACGGUCAUAAUCCAGUUGGCCAACCUGGGACCCCUUCUGGUCACCCUCACGCACAAACUGUGCCCGGGCCGUCUUAAAGAGCACAUUGUAAUUUACUCCAUCCUCUCCAUCGGCGUCCUCGCCUGCAUCCUGCUCGCCUUCUUCUGGGACAAGACGACGAUUGUGGCCGGGGCGUCGCACAGCACUGCCUUCUUCAUCAUCACCUUCUUCCUCGCUCUGGUGGACUGCACCUCCUCAGUUACCUUCCUGCCCUUCAUGAUGCAGCUUCCAGCAAACUACAUCACCACGUACUUUAUUGGAGAAGGGCUGAGUGGUUUCAUUCCUGGCGUGAUCGCUCUGGCACAAGGUGUGGGCAUGGCCAAAUGUGUCAACUCCUCUGAGACCGCAGGAAACCAUACGGGCGAGAACAUGUGGUCAUUACAGACAGUUUAUCUCCCCCCCAACUUUUCCACUGAGGUGUUUUUCUUCCUCCUGGCAGCCAUGAUGUGCAUAAGUCUGGCUGCUUUUGUCGCGCUGAACAGGCUCCCUCGGACAUACGAGCUGUCCACCGAAAACCUGCUGCCAGACGCCGUGGCACCUGUCAGCUCCGGCCUGGACAACCCUGGAGCAGAGACUGAUGGAGAGGGUGGGAAAAGCAAAGGCGAGGGGGCGGCCCAGAGCAAGCUCCCGGAGCACACAGUGUACCAGCUGACCUUCAUCUACUUUAUGGUGGUGUGGGUUAACGCUGCGACCAACGGCCUGCUGCCCUCUGUGCAGACGUACUCCUGUAUGCCCUACGGGAACCUGGCCUAUCACCUCUCUGCUGCCCUGUCCUCAAUGGCCAACCCGCUGGCUUGCAUCAUUGCAAUGUUCUUCCAAAACAGGUCGCUGGUCUUCCUCGGCGUGCUGAUGGCGUUGGGGAUGGGAUUUGGCAGUUACAACAUGGCUAUGGCAGCUCUGAGUCCAUGUCCUUUGCUUCAAGGCUCUGUGGCGGGAGAGGUUAUCAUCGUGCUCUCAUGGCUCUUCUUCACUGGGACACUGACUUAUGUCAAAGUAAUGGUGGGUGUCAUCCUGAGAGACCGGAGCCACAGCGCCCUGGUCUGGUGUGGGGCUGCACAACAGAUGGGCUCACUGGUCGGCUCGGUCACCAUGUUCCCGCUGGUUAACAUCUACCGUCUGUUCCAGUCAGGAGACCUCUGCAACACUAAAUGUCCUCUAUGACAGCUGAUCUGAGGACGCUGAAGACACCACAACAACCUGAGAGCUAGAUGAAAAAAAUCAAUGCCAGUCUCAUACCUGUGUGAAGAGCAUGGCCUGUGGUUUUAUUCUCAUCUUGAGCCCACAGACAUGAGAGUGGUAAUGAGCGUAUUUCCCACAGAACAGCUCCUCUGAGGUUCUUGUGUGAGUCAACACACAACAAACAACAAAGUUCAACACUGGGAUGCUGCUCCUUUCUGAAUACAGUUUCUUGCCAGAAAGUGAACUGCAUGAAGCUGUCGUCACGCUUUUGCCCACUAGAUGGCGCAAGCACACUUCUCUAUAUUCAUUGACGCCACAGUGACCACAAAUCACACCCCAUGAAAUACAUCCGUACUGUGGACAGGAAAAAAAAAAGGAGAUGAAAAUGAUUUUGCACAUGCAGGCCAAAGAUUUAUUGCUGACAU